CUGAAUACCAUGGCAACAUGUAAUGUUGAUAAGAUGCACGAGUGAAAGUAUGAAUAUCAACGUAAUAAAAAUAAAAUCUUAGUGAAGCAUAUUACAUUGAAAAAAAAGAACAUGUAAUCGUAUAUUAAAAAACAUCAGUAUGACCACAGCGUUGUUUUCACCUUAUUGUUAUAAAGAACAUCAAACGAGAGAUUAUUUAUCGAAAACCUUCGAAUCAAAUGUGCUUCAUACUCCAGCAGAUACAAAAAGAAGGACUAUAUCACACGAGAAUUACCUGAGGCAUCGUUAUAAUGAGCCGGAGAAAUUUAAAACACCUUGGGGAAGAAAAUACAGCUAUGGAGGUAUGGGUGUAGUCCAACUUCCUAAUGAAAUUCGCCUGAAAGGAGAACCACCCCUUGUACUGCAGAAAGGAACGCAUCAUUAUGGUUCUGGAAUUUGUUUAAGUCCAAGAGGUAUACCUGUGCAGCAAUUCUAUUCGUUAACACCGACAAAGAAGUCAUAUACCAGAAGCACCGAUGAACUGAUACAGAGUCCAAACAAGAUUGACUUGUCCCAACAACGAAUUGAAUCAAAAUUUCCAGCAAAGCAUCCAUAUACAUCACAUAUUUCAAGUGCAAAUAUUUUCCCUUCGUUUGGAUCGGUCAGUGGAAAUAAAAGCCAAGAAAAUGUUGAGAGAGAAGAAAAUAGCUAUAAUCCAAUUAUAAAGAAUGCUUCUCCGUUAUCUGCUGAAGAACCAGCUGCUCCUUAUGACGUGGAAUUAGUAAGCAAAGCGAGAGGAUCUUUUGGAAGACAUGAAGUUUUGAGGAUACCUUUAAAUACGCAGAGGAAACCUAUGACCUGGCCAGGAGGACCUUCGUAUUAUCAGAUUGUCAAAGGUGGAAAUCGAGAAAAACAAGUGUAUUAUCCAACUCCAACAAGGUUGAUCAACGAAUCAACUGUUGGAUUGUCUGAUGAAACUAUUAAAGCUCUGAAGGACCUGCAUCUCUCGCGAUGGGAAACCACUUAUCAAAAGGCGUACAAUAAAACUCCUGUCAAAUAUAUUAAUCUAGAUAGCGAAGAAACUUUAAAGUUAAUAACAUCUGGUCCAAAUGCAAGGGUUCCUAAGUCCCUUAUGACAGAUGCAUUCAAUCCAACCGAAAAUGCUAGAACUGUUGAAGAGAUAUCUGGAGAGACUGAUUCGCAGAAAAGGAUGGUGCAUUUCGAAAACAUAAACACCGAUAAAGAACAUAAUACUGCGAAAGAGGAAACCGAAGAAGCAGAAGAAGAAGAUGCAGAAAAGAACGAAGAAGAAAAACAAAAGAAGAAAGAAGAAGCCCAAAUAGAAAAAUCAAUGCGUACGUUUCCUCGUCCAGCAAUUAAACUAGCGCGACCUUUUACUACCUUUGAUACUAACAGGACCCCGCAUAACGAAAGGGAGAAUGCUAACAGACCAGUAAAAUCAGCUUAUGUUCGCUCGACCGAUUCCAGCGAUUUAAACACUGUUAAACAGAACUGGUCUAAGUCUGAUUUUACAAGGAAAUUUAAUUCCAGGUACUACAAUGAUGAUUAUACAGACUUGUAUGAGCGGCGGUUUGGAUAUAACCCGCGACGCAGUUUUGUUCCAGAGGCAGGAAAUGCUCCAUCUUAUGUAUUUCAUUAGCUUAAAAAGAUCAACAGAGUUAUUGGUCUUCUGCAA